CGUAAACUGCACUCCAUUGUUAUUUCCCUUUUUUAAAGCGUGCAUGAUUUAAUCUUCAGGUAACUCUUCUCUUAUCUCUCGUUCAAACUGUCUACCUUUUAAACAUCAUAUUCCACUUCUCCACCACCAUCUCAACACGCACACACAUACACACCUACGCAAUCAACAACCAUGGUUCACGAAGAACGUGGAAGAGAAACUUUCGCAUCCACAGGUCGUGGUGGAGCAGGUAAUGCAGUUCGUUCGCCUUCUCGUGGUAGACCGACGGAAGAACCAGUAGAAGCUCAAGCAGCCGCUGCUUUUCAUGCAAAUCAACAACACGUUCGUGCCGGUCGUGGAGGAGCAGGAAACGUUCGUUCUCCUUCAAGAGAUCCAAAAGAUCGUGUUAAAUACGCAGAAAUGGAAAAGAAAGAACAUCAAUUACAAGCUGAUGCUGUUAAACGUGACGCUCAUGCAAUUCAUUCUUCCGGUCGUGGAGGCGCAGGUAAUAUGAAACAUCGUGAAGAAUCUCCAAGAGGUCGUGGUGAAGGUGCAGUAAGCAACGCAAUUCGUUCUUUAUCCAGAUCUCGUUCUCGUGAACCAAGAAGUUCAAGUGGCACUCGCGGCGCAAUGGCUUCGGAAACUGGUAAUGAAAAAUUACAAAGCGUUGAUGAAGCAUCCACAAUUAAUGGAUCAACGCAUCAUCAUGAAAAACAAGGUUUCGUUAACAAGAUUGCCAGUCAUAUUCCAGGUAUAGGAGGUCACUCUCAUGCUAAUCACAGUAAUGGAGAUGCUUGAAGAUUUUUGUGCAUCCAAAAAAAAAAAGGUCAAAUGGAAAGAAGAGAUGAAAUACGAUACCCACCCUGUAUGCAACACUUCCCAUUCGCAUCCAUUUGACAACAAUUCUUUCUUUUCUCACCGCUCUAUCGUUUU